GUCAGAAAGUAAGGUGAACGGUCUUCAUAUGCCUUCAAAAUUCUUAUCAUUAUCAAAGUUUUCAAUGAAUUUUUGAAAGUCAAUUGUUUAGUUGAUUGUGAAGAUAUUUCAAAGUUUUAUAAUUAUUGUUAUUGUUUAUUUCUUGAAAUAAGUCAAUAUGGUGCAAAAUAUAAUGUUGUUUGGAUAUUCAAAAAAAAUAUCAGUAAAGUGUGUACUUAUUAUACAAGUUAUUUUGCUAUCAUUAAGCAAAGGUGCAAAUAGUCACUUUGGAUAUUCGGAGUCAAACCAAAGAAGAUGGGGUAAACACCAUGGACAUUGUUUUGGAAAACUCCAAUCCCCGAUUUCAAUCCAACACAGCAAGUCUGUCCCUUUGCAUAUGCCUGCUAUUGACCUUAUCGGGUAUCACAACCUCCUAGCACACCCUCUAAAGCUAAUGAAUAAUGGCCACACUGUUUCAGUAACAAUUCCAAAAUUCUCAAAAGAAGAUAUAGAGGGAGGAGAAUUUAAUCCCUAUAUUAGGGGUGGCAAGUUGCCCGGUGUGUUUGAGGUUGAGGGUGUACAUUUCCAUUGGGGUGACAGAAACAAUAGAGGCGCCGAACAUGUGAUAAAUGAUAUUCGAUACACUAUGGAAAUGCAUAUUGUUCAUCGAAAUAAGAAAUAUGAAAAAUUGGCCGAUGCAUUGGAACAAAAAGAUGGAGCAGCAGUUUUGGGAUUCUUUUUUACGCUGGAUGAUUCCGACCAUGAAGGCUUAGCUGCAAUAAAUAAAUAUUUGCCUCUUAUCGAAAAUUCAAAUGAAUCCGUUUAUAUGAAUUCAACAUUUACCUUAUCAUCGCUAUUGUCACACAUUGAUUUGGAUAAGUUCUACACCUACAAAGGUUCUCUUACAACUCCACCCUGUUCUGAAGCAAUAACAUGGGUUCUCUACCCUGAACCACUGCCAAUAUCAUCUAAACAGAUCUCAAGAUUCCGUCAGUUGCAAGACAGCAUUGAUGGUGCCUUGGUUGACAAUUAUAGAUCCUUACAACCGAUUGGUAAUCGACGAGUUUUUGUACGCUCAGUCAAUGUUCAUCACACACAAUUGUCGAAAUUGGAAAAUGAAGUUAGCUAUAAGAAAUGGGAUUGGUUUUUUUAAAACUUUCAGUAAUGUAUUCCAAUAAUUCAUAGUUUUUGUUAACGUUCAAUGCAAUUUAUAUUUAUUAACACUUAUUACGUUUCAUUUAUUGAAAUUCGUGAAAUAAAUUUUACUAAAACAUUA